AUGAGUGUCCACGUGAAAGCUCAAUGCCGCGCAGGCUGUGGUGACCUCGGAGACCCGGAGCUCAAUUACCUCUGCGUGGACUGCCAUGGUGACCAGGUUGAACUCCGCCAGCAGGAGGACCUACGCAAGUAUAUGGCCAAGGAGACUGGGGUUUCAGCUUCUGAGGAGCAUGAGGGUGCAACCACACCACCGUCACCUGUGCGAAAGUAUCGGGGUCCUCGUCCAGUUGAUCACGCGAAAGCACUCGACGAUUUCCUGCAUCGCCAUCGAGAGCAGGAUCCGAACGUUGUUGCCCGAGAGCUGACCUUCCUGAAACGGGAGAUUGCAAUACGUGAGACGAACAAGAAGCAACUGCGCAAGUACAUGGUCGCCACAGACGAAGAAGAGCAGGUGGAUCCAAAGGAGUGGAGUCGGUACGAGUUCGGCCCUCCAAAACCAGUCCCAACUCGAGAUGUCGAGGAGGCUGUGGAGCUGGCAGCUCAGCUCAAGGUUUACUGUCGCUGGCGAAGGAUUCAAGUGCAAAAGCGGAUUGAAAGUCGGCGCCAACAGCUAGAAGCGGAGCGUCUAGAGCUCAAGAAGCAGCAAAAGAAGAAGCGGAUCCACGUACCUUUGCUAUCCCUUGGGGGAGCAUUGAGAGGUUCAACGAAGACUGCAGUCGAGCAUCCUUCACCCGUUGCAAAGUAA